GAGCUGCAGUGGGGAGGAGGAGCGGGCGCGCGCGCGCAGGCUGGUGCGAGCGGCUGACAUGGCGCAGCUGGGGCGUCUCCUGGUUCCCCUGGCAGCCCUGGUCCUGUUGCUCUGGACGGUCCCUUGGGCUCAGGGGCGGCGGAGCAACGUGCGCAUCCUCACCGAUGAGAACUGGACCUCGUUGCUGGAAGGGGAGUGGAUGAUAGAAUUUUACGCGCCUUGGUGCCCUGCCUGUCAGAAUCUUCAGCCAGAAUGGGAAAGUUUUGCUGAAUGGGGAGAAGAUCUUGAGGUUAAAAUUGCAAAAGUGGAUGUCACAGAGCAAACAGGACUGAGUGGACGCUUUAUCAUAACUGCUCUCCCUUCUAUUUAUCAUUGUAAAGAUGGCGAGUUCAGGCGCUAUCUGGGCCCAAGGACUAAGAAGGACUUCAUAAACUUCAUAAGUGACAAGGAAUGGAAGAACGUUGAGCCUGUUUCAUCAUGGUUUGGCCCAAGUUCUGUUCUGAUGACUACUAUGUCAGCACUUUUUCAGCUCUCUGUAUACAUCAGGACUAGCCACAGCUAUUUUGUUCACGACCUUGGCAUACCAGCGUGGGGCUCAUACUUGGUGUUUGCUUUUGCGACUGUGCUUUCAGGACUGAUGUUGGGACUUUUUAUGAUAUUUGUGGCAGAUUGCUUUUGUCCCUCAAAAAGGCGCAAACCACAGCAACCCCCUACAAAAAAACCAUCACCAGAACUUUCUCAGUCUCUGAACAAAGUGGAGGAGGAACAAGAGGCUGAUGAUGAAGGUGUUUUGGAAGAGGAAACAGAAAAUAAAGAGGAAGCAAGCAAAGACUCUCCUCAGAGUGGCGUAAGACAGCGUUGUGUGGGCCAGUCGUUGGCCACAGAUGAUAAAUCCUAAUUUUUACAGAUGUCUUAAUAUUAUGGUUUUGACAACACUGAAGAUUGCUAUCAUUUCUCUGUUUUAAAGUGAACUGUGACUUGCUUGUACAUACAGUCUAGGUUGUCAUUAGGUUGGACAGUUCAUUCAGAAAAUAAAGCAGUUAGGCGUAACAGUUUGAAACAUGUUUUAAGAAUAUGAUGAUGUUUUAAAGUUGUUUAAUUUCAGAAGAUCCUGGUGCCAAGCAGUAAGAUUUGUGUUUAUAUUUGAUGAUCUGUCUCGUGUGAGAUUCAAAACUGCCUUUCCCAAGAUUUGCAUUACUGGGUAUUUAAGAAAAUCACUUUAGAGAGAAAGUUUCUCAUUUCACAUCAUUUUUCUCAGUUUCACUGUGUGAAAAAAAGAACAUAUUUCCCAUAACUGGGAACGUUGCCCAUUGUUUCAAAAUGCUGUGUACUUCAUUGAUAACACUGCGCUUAGGUAGAGUCCAAACGUUCCUCGUAGAUUUUGGAUUAUACAGCUAACAGAACUACCUUACUGUAUAGCUUUCAUUUCUAUACAUCACACUUAGGAUAUGCUGCUGAUUUAAGAAGUUUUUAUAAGUCUAUGGCCUUGUGUUAAUUCUUAAGGUUGAUGGCCUGUUUUGGUCUCUUGUUCGCUAUAUUUGUCAAGGGUUAUAUUUUUAAGUUGGAUAAAAUUAGCAGUAUCACUGUUGUGUUUACUGUGGGUAAACAGUACUUUCCUAUUAAAUUGAAGUUUACUGAGAGAAUCAUCAAAUUGAACUGUUCACUUGAAAAUGUACAAAUUUGGCUAUACAUUCCAGAUUUUAAAUUAUUUUUGUUGAGUGUGUUCUUAAAGUUUUCUUUGCUUUUCUCUUUUUAAUGUGAAGGUGAAACUUUUUGGUUUAUAAAUUUGAUGUGGAAAAGCUUUGGUAGUUUAUAUUUUGAAAAUUCAAAGCUUAAUUUGAUGUAAAAUGAAGUCUGAAUUCUACUUGAGAAACAUCCAUUACUAUGUGUUUUUAGCAUGUCUGUCUUCUACAUGUCCUUGAUGAAUUUUAUAGUCAGUAUAUUGCUUUGUGUUUGAAAAUUGUAACAUUGUUGUUUUAAAGACAAAUUUUGUAUUGUUCUUGUCUGCUGGUACUGUGCAUCAUCUCACACGUGGAAAUCAGCAAGAUGGACUACAUCGAUUUCAUCUUACAGCAAGAGGAAGGACAUUGUGGGGGGCGGUCUUGAUGUCUUGAAGGGGGAAAGCAGACCACAUUCUCGGAAUGAGCCAUCCAGCCUUUAUGGAGUAGAUGGUUUCUGUGGCGCUCCCUCCGCUCAUGUCCUCUGUGAACUCCUUAGACUUGCCGUGUUGUGAUGUGCAACAGCUUCCUUUUAGGCCUCUCCUUUAUAAUAGUAAAUGUUCUGCUGUCAGAGUUUGAUAUGUAAUUUGUGGUGGCUUAGAAAAACAUUCUAAGCACAAAAUAAAUGUUUCUAAGCACUUCAA